GAUUCCAAGAUUCCCCACCCACUAGGGCAAACUUUUUGGUAAUGUACCUUAAAGGAAGGUUUGCUAUUUUGGUAGCUAGAUCUGCAUCAUUUUUCAUAUUUUCAGGCGUUACAGUAACAAAACAUGGAAGCUCUCCUCUCCCAAUUCACCUUGCUCUCCAACCAAGCUUGCCAAGACAAAAACUUCGAUCCCUCCUCCAUUGAUAACCUUAUGAAACUCUUUGAGACAGAAGCAUACAACUCAUGGGCAGCAAUGGAACUUGAACAAGAAAUGGAAGUCAAACAAGCUGAAGUGGCUAUGCAACAAGCUGAGGAUUAUCUUGAUACAGUCAUGGAAGAUGCCAUAGAUGAAUUUAGGAGGUUUGAAGUGGAAAUGGAACGCAUGGCAAGGAAUGAACUGGAAAGUUUAGAAAAGACUGCUGAGAGUGCUAGAAACAUGGGAAAUCUAAUGGAGAAAGCUGCAACUGUUGCUUCUACGAAGUACAUGGAGGCUGCACUUAAUUCUGCUUCUGCUUCCAUGAAUACAGCUUGGAAGGGACUUUCAGCUAAAAAGGUUCAUCCUUCAUAAGAAACCUAAGUGUUUUUUAUUCCUUUUCCUCCCCUUCUUGAUUUCCGCCUUCCCUUAACCUUAAGAGCACAUGUAUGAAGCUCGCUCUUAUUUGUACUCGGGACAAUUAAUUUCCAGCUACAUGAUGAAGCAAUCUAUAAUAAAUUCCUUUUAUGGAAACCAUUGAUCA